AUGCCACUGUCACAGUAUCAACAAUAUCAGACACAGGGAUCAGAAGGCGUGAGAACGCCGGGGGUAGGACAGGCGCCCCAUAGGCCGACUCAAUAUAGCGAAAUAGAGCUAGGAGGACCAGGAUUAGGAGGAGCAGCAGGUGUGUCUGAGGUCAAGUUGAGGCGGUUCCUGGAACAUAACCAGAGGUUGAGGGAGCAGCUACAGAUGCCACGGAUACGUGUCUCGGAGGCGUCUCAGAGCUUGAUAGGAUAUGUUACAUCGACCGGAGACCCGCUGCUGCCCAUGAUCUGGGGCUCUUCUGGAUCUGACCCGUUUGUGAAAAAGUCUUCAAAGUGCUGUAACAUAUGCUAG